GGACGCCAACUCCUUGAAAUUCAAUUUUCAGACGACAACAAAAAUGGCGCCGCACGAUCUCCGCCGCGCGUACAAGAGGCCGGCGAUCUCAGACCAGCAGAGGCGCCGAGAGCUCUCGCUGAAGCGCCAAGAGCAAGGCCGGCGCGACGCUCAGCUCCAGGCCCGCCGCCUAGCCUCCACCCUACUCUCCCUCCCGCCCGAACCCGAACCCGGAUCAUCGUCCAAAGAAUCCGACUCCGACUUAGAAUUCGAUCUUCGCAACGCUUCGAAGCUCAGAGGCACAGAGGCGCGGAAGUGGGUCGCCAGACAGCUCAUGCUCCCGGAGUGGAUGAUCGACGUCCGUCAUCGCUUGCCCCACGACUGGUAUGUGUUUGCGAGACCAUCUGGGGAGAGAUGCUUCGUCGUUUCAUCGGACGGAACGACAAUCAGUAGGCAACGAAACGGCACGGUCCUCCACCGUUUCCCGUCUGCUCUACCCAAUGGUGCCAGGACCAGAGACGGGUCGGGUUCUGCUCAAUCAUAUUCAAUUCUAGACUGUAUAUUUCACGAGAUGGACCAGACUUACUAUGUAAUCGACAUGGUGUGCUGGAGAGGCUACUCUUUGUAUGAUUGUACGGCUGAGUUUAGGUUCUUUUGGUUGAAUUCUAAGCUGGCUGAGACGGGGGCUUGUGAGCCUCCCUCCCAUUAUCAUAAGUAUAGGUUCAGCUUGGUUCCUGUACAUACUUGCGAUCAGUCUGGUCUACAUGCUGCAUAUGCUGGAGGGGUACCUUAUGUAAAAGAUGGUCUUUUAUUUUAUAACAAGCAUGCCCAUUAUCAACCAGGAAAUACACCACUGGCGUUAGUUUGGAAGGAUGAGAAUUGUAGUCAGUAUGUUAUUGACACAGAUAAUAAAGGACAGGUUCCAAGCCAUCAACAGGUAGUUUUGGAGCUGCAAGAUGAUGGAAAAGUGACUACCUCAGAUGACCCCCCAGUUGUAUUUAGUUGCUUAGAUUUGGACUUCAUACAAAAGUCAGGGUUGCAUUCUGGAAAUCUUCUUCGUUUUGCUAUUGGCGAUGGAGGAUUGAGUGUUGUGGAUGGGAAGCUUGAGAAGGCUGAUUUACAUUACCUUGGAAAGUCCAACCGAGCACGUGCUUUUGCAGAUAGUUACUCCAAGGUCAUGUUUCAGAAUAUGGUUCGGGGGUCCCCCCUGAAAAUUGAUGAUUUGGUAGCAUCAAUCAACACACCAGAUGAUGAAGGAAACAGACCUGACGUUGAUAUGGUUGGUUGAUGAUAAGUUGAUAAUUCUGAUAGUAAUGGUAGGCAGAGCACACCGCAGACGCAUUCCCUCACUGUGAUCACCGUGGUGAUGUUUAUAUGCUCCAAAAGGCUCUUAAAACUUGCAUUGGCAAGCUGCAUGGCUUGAGUGUAGGGUUUGAUUUAUGCCUACUCUAAUUUAUUUGUACUCUUAAAUUAGGCCGUUGAUUUGGGAGAACAAGAAUAUCUGUAUGCGAGCUACGUAAUGAUGUUGGAUGAUCAUCAAUGUAUAGAAGUUCUCAAGACAUGUUAUGGGAACUUAGGACUGGGGAAUAAGGAAUUGGGAAGUGAUUAUUGAUUUUACGGUGAGACGUGUAUUUCCGAUUC